AUCCUUGGGAGGUGGCAAAGCUCUGUCCCUGCUGGAGCACUGCUGACCACUGUCAUCAAAAACAUGCAGAGGGCAUGAGAGCCCACAGGACCUGACCCAGUGGUCACUCAGAGGAAAGUAGAAGGCAAGAAAUGAAAAGAAGCAUUUGAGAUCCUCCAGCAGCUGCCACAGGGCAUCGGCUCCAGCACUGAGCUCCCAGAGGGGACCAACAGGCACAAAUGAGUUGCAGUGCCACAUCUUUCCUAGACCAUGUCAUUCCCAGCACACAAGGCUGAACAUGUAAAGUGACUCUGCAAUGUUCUCCAAGGUCACUGUAGAGCAGGGGUCACCACUUUGGCAAAGGCUCUAGGCCUGUCUGGUACAGGCUCACUCCAAGCAGCUUUGGAGCUGAUGAGAGCAGAACUGCUCCAUCCUUGCAGUGACACCAUGGAUCCCUGUUACAACCACACAAGCUCUCAGAAAAGUAUGGACUCUCACCUGCAGCUGGUGGUUGGGUUCUUCCUCGUCAUCCUCAUCGUGGUGACUCUCUGUGGUAACAUCAUCGUGUGCCUGGCCGUCACCCUGGACCGCCGGCUGCGGAGCCUGACAAACUGCUUCAUCGUCUCCUUGGCCAUCACAGACCUGCUGCUGGGCCUGCUGGUGCUGCCAUUCUCUGCUUACUACGAACUGGCCAGGAAGUGGCCCUUUGGCAGCAUUUUGUGCAACGUCUACACCAGCCUGGACGUCAUGCUGUGCACGGCCUCCAUCCUCAACCUGUUCAUGAUCAGCCUGGACCGCUACUUUGCCGUCACCACGCCGCUGCGCUACUGCCAGGUGGUCACUCCCUCCCGGGUGGCCGUGGGUUUGGUUGUUAUUUGGGCCGUUUCACUGAUGGUCUCCUUCCUCCCCAUCCACCUGGGCUGGAACACCAACGGGACGGCGGUGCAAAACACGGAGCCCACCUGCAGCACGGAGUGCACGCUGGCCGUGAACCCUGUGUACGGCUUGGUGGUCGCCCUGCUCACCUUCUACAGCCCUUUGCUCAUCAUGUGCAUCACCUACUACAGGAUACUCAAGAUAGCGAGGGAGCAGGCCAAGAGGAUAAACCACACGUGGGGCAGCUCGCCCAUGCCGCCCAUGGUGAAGGAGCACAAAGCCACCGUGACGCUGGCAGUGGUGCUGGGAGCGUUCGUCGUCUGCUGGUUCCCCUAUUUCACCGUCUUCACCUACCGCGGCGUGUGGGGGGACAGCGGGGUCAAAGGCACCCUCAUGUCCAUUGUUCUCUGGCUGGGCUAUGCCAACUCAGCCCUGAACCCCAUCCUCUACGGGACGUUCAACAGGGAUUUCCGACUGGCAUACCAGCACCUGCUGCGCUGCUGCAGGACGGGACGCCCCAGGAACUCCCACCUGCCUCCCCUCCAGAAGGCCCAGCCCAGGGGCAGGCAGGGCCAGGGCAGGCAGGAGGGGAAGCCCUUGAAACUGGAGGUGAGGAAUGAGAAGGGGACCCUGCUCACUGAUGGAGUCCUCAAGAGCACUGGAGCUUUUCUGUGAGUCUCAGCCAGCCUGCUCUCCAAGAACCCACAUCUCCCAGCCUUCAACUCCUGGCUGCCCUCUUCCAAAAUCCUGUGUGUGAGGUUGAAAGGACAACACUCAGCUUUCCUCAGCGUGAAACUCAACAGCAGAGGCGAGAGCUGCAGGGACCCCUGCUCUGGCACAUGGCAUUCACUCCAUCCCCAAACGCUGCUGGAGAGGCCUCUGCCCACCCAGGUGUCUUGCCA